AGCAGCAGGCUCCGGUUCUGCCCUCUGGUCUUCGGCCGGCUGGGAGCCCGGGAGAAGGGAGAGUCCCGGCUGGGCCGGCGGGCGUGGAAAACCGCGGCGGUGGAAGUGGCCCCUUAACGCCGGUAGAAGGCAAGUGAGGUUCUCCGGAUCCCUGCUGCUGUGUUGCUGUUCAGAGUACCAUGAACAAGAUGAAAACUUUUAAGCGCCGUUUUUCUCUUUCGGUUCCCCGGACGGAGACCAUUGAGGAGUCUCUGGCAGAAUUCACGGAGCAGUUCAACCAGCUCAACAACAGGAAAAAUGAAGACAUGGCACAAGGGCAUCUGCACCUGGGGCACCUGAACAGGGACAUCCGGUCACAAUCCAGUUCCACUUCACCUUCAGAAGGCCAGUCCCCGACUACUGUGAGAUACCGAAAUGGCAAUCAGCGCCGCUUUUCCAUGGAGGAUGUCAGCAAGCGCCUCUCUCUGCCCAUGGAUAUUCGUCUACCUCCAGAAUUCCUGCAUAAACUGGACAUGGAAAGUCCAGAAAUUUCGAAGCCUCUUAGCAGGAUGUCUCGUCGGGCUUCUCUUUCCGAUAUUGGGUUUGGAAAGAUGGAAACCUAUGAUAAAAUGGACAAGCUAGGGGAGGGCACCUAUGCUACUGUUUUUAAAGGGCGCAGCAAGCUCACCAAGAACUUGGUUGCCCUGAAGGAGAUUCGACUAGAGCAUGAAGAAGGGGCUCCUUGUACAGCUAUACGGGAGGUUUCCUUACUGAAGAACCUCAAGCAUGCAAACAUCGUUACUCUUCAUGAUAUCAUCCACACAAAAUGUUCCCUCACUCUUGUCUUUGAGUAUCUGCACACUGCUGACUCAUGUUCAGUGUAUAGUCUACUUAAGACCCAAUCCUUCUCGCACAUACUACUGCCAAGACAAGUCUCCCCCGAAGGAAAACAGGACAGUGACUUGAAGCAGUACCUGGAUAACUGUGGGAACUUGAUGAGCAUGCACAAUGUAAAGAUCUUCAUGUUCCAGCUGCUACGUGGUCUGUCUUAUUGCCACCAACAUAAAAUCCUACAUAGAGAUCUCAAACCACAAAAUCUGCUCAUUAAUGGGAAAGGGGAACUAAAACUCGCUGAUUUUGGUCUAGCCAGAGCCAAGUCUGUCCCAACAAAAACUUACUCGAAUGAAGUGGUCACUUUGUGGUACCGGCCUCCUGAUGUCCUGCUAGGAUCCACAGAAUACUCUACUCCCAUUGACAUGUGGGGUGUGGGUUGCAUACACUAUGAAAUGGUCACAGGACGCCCCAUGUUUCCAGGGUCAACUGUGAAAGAAGAGCUGCAUUUAAUAUUCAGACUACUGGGGACCCCUACAGAAGAAUCCUGGCCUGGCAUUACAUCCAAUGAGGAGUUCAAGGCGUACAACUUUACACAGUAUCGAAUCCAGCCUUUGAUAAACCAUGCACCAAGAUUGGACACAGAAGGAAUUGAUCUGCUGACGAAUCUACUCCUGUAUGAAGCCAGAAGACGUAUUUCUGCGGAAUCAGCCCUGAGGCAUCCCUACUUUAUGACUUUGGGUGAACGAGUGCAUCUCCUUCCUGAGACUGCCUCCAUCUUUUCUCUGAAGGAAAUACAGCUCCAAAAGGAUCCUGGCUACCGAGGAUCAGUUUUUCAGCACUCAGCUCGAGGGAAGAACAGGAGGCAAAGCAUAUUUUAAAUUUGGCUUAUUUGUUCCAAGCACCACCAAGGAGUUCAAAGCACUGAGAGGGGAAAGGACCACGUAGAUUCUAUGGAGCCUGUUCCUGGAAUGAUGGCUGGUGUCCACAGCACAGGAGCUGUCCCUUGAUCCCAGGCACUGCAGGGUUGCUUUCCAGAAUUCCACAACUUUCAUCAGAUAAAGUCUUGGGCCUGGUCCAGCCCCUCAUUCUUUGUGUAGCCAUUGGUAUGCUCCCCCUGGGCAAGGAUCUUCAUCAAGCUAUUACUGCCCUAAGUGAGACCCUGAAGUGCCAUGUGCUGGCCGUUGGUUUAGAGGGAGGCAAAAUGGGGUCAGUAGGCAGGGACUAGGACCUCUCUGCACAAUUGACCCCUGCUUUACUUCUGAAAUUUGGAUGUCCUGUCCUGACAAAUGUACUGAAUCCCUGCUUGUUUUUCUUCAUCAUGAGAUGAUGCCUUUGAGGAUUGCCUAGGGUGACCUGCAGACAUGAUGAAUACGAUAUUAACAGUGGGGAAGCCCUUUGAUCCACUCUGUGCACAGAGUGGGUUUUGAACUGAAGAGGAGACCUUGGGAAUUUAACUAGGGGGGAAAUGCCAGUUUUCCUUUGAGUUUCUUCUGCUCUAUUUAUGAAGAAUAAAUAUCAUUUCUGAAUGGUGCAAACAUAGGGUAGGAGUAAGGAGGCCCCUUGCUGGAUCUUCUUGGACCUCUCAUUCCUUGCCUUGUUCUGUUCCCCAGGCUUUGUUGUUGUUUUUUGGUUGUUGUUGUUUUGUGUUUUUUGUUUUUUUAACUCAAGCUGCUCUACCAGAAACUCCAGAAUUAGAUUUUUCUCACAACAGGGUUUUCAGUUGCCAAGCAUGAUCUAAAUUUUAUUAGAUUUAUACCCAUUGAUUCUGAGAAUUCCCUUUUAACAUCCCAAGAAAUCAUUCAUCUCCAGCCUCCCACUAAAUAAACAGAUGCACUUUGAGGGGAAAUAAGAUUCUUUCCCAACCAAGUAACUCAAAGCCUGUAAGAAUGCUUGAGCCUCUAUUAAAACUCACUGCAAAAUGUGAAAGAAUUCAGGUUGUUCUUCUACUUGGUAUUCCAUAUUCUUGUAGUGAAUUCUGCCUUCGUGGCAAGUACGCUCACUAACACCUGACCCAACAUUUCUUGUCUGCAUCACAUAGGAAAGAAGCUGAACAGAAAACUUUCACCAAGAUGCUGGAUCUUUAAUACGUACAGGGGAAACUCUCUAAUAAGUUAAACACGCAUUUGUGCACACAGAAUAUAUAUUUGAGCUUGUCCUGAAAUGUAAAGAACAUGCACAGGCACACUGUGUGUAUAUGUGUUUGUCUAUAGAUUAUGUGUAUGUUUUCAGGACAAGCAGUAUUUUCAAUGUUAAAAAUAGCUUGUAUAUUUUACUUCCUUGUAAAUUUAGUAACAGGUGGUAUCUAUUUGGAACAUGUUCCCAGAAGCCAAGCCUGUUCUGAAACUGCCUUUCUUGUAAACUUAAAAAAGAUAUCAGAAUUACCCCCCCCCACACACACACACACACUCUUUCACUGGUUUAUUUGUAUUUUAACGGUCAAGGAACCACAAAAUGGGGAUGGGGAAAUCAGUCUGAAAUCUUUUAAACCAUAAGCAGCUGGUUCUAGUGAUCAGAUAAUAUUUCUGUUAGCUUGCUCUCUUAUCUUGACUGAAUUGUAGUCUUUACAGCCUCAGAUAGAAAUAGAAAUAUGACCUUUCAGGACCUCAGUUUUGAUGGUUGAUGAAGGAAGUGAUUAAGUAGUUCAUUAUGAGAACUUUGUGUAUCAUGAAGCCAUAAUUUCAGGUAGCAGAUUCCAAAAGGGGUGCCAUGUUCCUUGUCUGCAUUCCUGUGUCUAAGCUGAAUACCAGGCCAGAGGAUGGGAUUUGAGGAUAGGACUUUAGGUUCAAAAAUCACAAAGGUCAGUACUGUCUAGACCAGUAGCACAGCAGUGUCCUCCUACAGAUGGGGACUUCAGAAAGGUAACAGAUUUAAAUCCAACUAUUGCAUGGAGUUCUUGGCAAAGGCUCCAGCUCUAGUCAGCUGAACCAUAUUAGCCAUGGACAGGCAGGCUACAAAAUAAAAGAGGGGGCUACAAGCAAAUAGUUAGCUUGUUAGUUUAAACCAAUAUAUGAUCAACACCAUUUGUUUCUGGGCUCUUAUUGCCUCCCCCGAAGUUACCAGGUCACAAUGUUGCAGUGAUAAUAGACAUCACAACUGGCAGAGCUCCCCUUAUGUGCAGCUCUGAAAGAUACAGCAAUCCUCUCGAGGUCUAAACUUAGCAAUCUCUUGCCCCCCUGGAUCCUUGACCUUCAGUUUCAAGUUCCUUCAAUUUUCUUUGUCAGUCCGCUUUUGCCUGCAGUAAUGCACACCCCCUCCUGUCCUUAGUGUCUGCCUGAGGCUUUGCCCAUCCUCUUCUCUUUGGUUCAUCCUGUCUUCAGCUUCAUAGGCUGGAUCCAGACUACAUUUUCCGGUGGCAGGAUGAAACUUCCUUGCUUCUCCCCUCCCAUUGCAGCCCACGUAUGAAAUGCUGAUCCUGGAGAAUAGACCCUGAUGAGAGUAAUCUGCUUCCUACUUUUUAUUUAUUUAUUUUUUAUUUACAUCAUUUAUACCCAGCCUUUCUUCCCAAUGGGGACCCAAAGCAGCGUACAUCAUUCUCCUCUCCAUUUUAUUUCCAUAGCAACCAGGUGAGGAGAGUUAGGCUGAGAGAGAGUGACCAGCCCAGCGAGCUUCCAUGGCAGACUAGGGAUUUGAACCUGGGACUCCCAGAUACCAGUCUUAACACUCUAACCAUUACACCACACUAGCAUUGUCUAUCUUUUGCUAGCCAAAAGAGUUGUUCAGUUCUCUUGGGCAGCAUGUAGCCCAUCCUAAUUGUGAGUUCUCUGAAGUUUCCUCAGAGCUGCUCGUGCUUGUGCCGCCUCGGCUCCCUGUCUCCUGGGCUCUUUUUCCUCACGCUUCCUUAACCUCUUUCCUCAGGUUUCUCUUUCUCAGUCCAUUUAUGACUUCACAUCCUUCAGUCACCUUGUCUCUGAACCUGAACUUGCCUGCCUUCUAGGACUCCUCCUCCAUCCUUGGUGUGCCGUAGAAAGCUUUUCCUAUCUUUUAAACUGUCCAGUAUUCUGUGUCAUCAAACCAGCUCAGCCACUCUGUAUCAGAAACUCCACUGGUACAAAUUCAUAUGAUACAAAUGCCUCAAAAGCAAAGUGUGACUGUAAAUGGGGAGGGUGCUUUCAGUAAUGAUCUAUGGAUUAAGUUUCAAAUCAGAUCUUACCAUUGCUUCCAUGCAACUGGUAUCUUCCAGUGGAGGCAAAGCCCUGUAAGCUCCAUACAUUUUGAUGGGAUUUGUUUAUUAGUACUUCAGAGAAUAUCUGUUAGAGCUCUAAAUACACAUCCUGAUUUCUGACAACGCAUGCAGUUUGUCAUACUUUUCCUUCAAGGAGCUCAGUACAGCGCACAAGAUUUUUCAUUUCUCAGAUUUAUCCCCACAUCACCUAUGUGAGGUAGAUUGGAAUGGCAGACUGGCCCAACGUCAUCCAGUGAGCCUUAUGGCUGAGCAGGAAUUAGAAUUUGGGUGCCCCCCAGAACUUUUCCAGCAUUCUCACUAAUAAAUCACACUGUUUUUUUUCCCUAUUUGUGCAAUGUAAUUUUCUGAGUGGAAAUAAAUG